AUGUUCAUCGUGAGCACAGCGAUAAGAACACUUGGAACACUCUUAGUCUGUUGUAUGCAUAUGGCUGGGGCGCUGGUAUCUUCUGCUUGCCUGGCUGGCAGGCUAUUUAUCUGGUGUAGGAUAGUGUGCGCCGCUCCGAUGUUUUAGAUUGCUUCUGGUUGGUAUCGCUCUCACGGCCCUGCCAUUUGCUCCCAGUGUGUGUGAUAGUCAGUCCGUUUUGAAGUCUCGCGGCAAAAGCAUUUAUGCGCCACGGUAGAAACUCGCUCGUUUUAGGCGCCUUCAUCGAAGGCCAAGUUUGACAAAUUGACUUCCCGUCGUAGUAGCUUAGCGACAUAGGAAGUAAAAAGAAAAUCGUUACCAAAUACAGCUCGUUGUGAGCCACCAAAACGCAAGGGCCUUCCCACUUUUGUAACGAGUAAAGUUGCCCUAAAGAGAGUUAGAGAAGCACUCUGCCAAACAAACCCCCCCGAAAAAGGGGUGGCAAGUACCCAUAACCGCCCUAAAGUGUUCUGAUGUUUCUUUCUAGUAGUGGUGGUUGUGUGGCGGCGCUGUAGCUUUGCUGCCUCUGCUGCUUAAACGUUUAUGAAUGCGAACGCGUGAAAUUGUGUGCGUGCGUGUGAGUGAAGUGAAUCUACUUUAGCAGUCUCCGGCGGCGCGUUUCCGUUUUCCUUGGCUGCAUUGCCAUUCGUUUACGGUUACUCGUAAAGCAGACAACAGACAAAACAAAUACCGCUCGUUUAACCUCAUUACCAAUCAAUCCCCACCAGAGUUGAUACACCAAUCCGCCGACCAACCAACCAACCGACCGUCAUCAACAGAUACCACUCUUGAUUGCACUCUGCCUAAAGAGCCCAACAAAUCAAGUCAAGUCAUUCAUUGUCCGUCGUUGUCCGCCACACCGUUGUGUCCACGAAAGAAAAUUCUCUUCAUUCUAAUUACCCCGCUGGAUUAAAUUAUUUAAACAGUUAAGCCGUCGCGUAUUAGAACUCCAGAGCUUUGAAAAACAAAAACCAACAACAAAAAAGUUGCAUCAAAACAAAAGAAAAACAAGGUUGCCGCCGUCGCUUUUAAACGAUUCAUGAUUGGCAGCAGCAGUAGCUGUUAGUGAAAGUGUUAUGAAAACAAAAAGUGGCCAAUAAUAAAACAAAAUCGUAGCAAAAGUAAAAAAGAGCCCAUGAAAAUGAAAUGAAAAACAAAUGAAAACAUAAAACGGUCAUUCAAUUCAACAAAUCCACCUCUUAAUCCCCUUAAAUACUAAAAAUUAAAAAGGAAUUUCUUGUGGGAUAAAAAAUUAUUAUUAUUGGCGUGCAAAUCGGAGGCGAAUCAAAAGAAAAAAAUGUUAACAACACUUUAAAGCAAUAAACAAAAUUCCAUUAAAUUAGACAACAUUUAGGAAAGCAAAACAAAACAAAAUUCCCCCCGAGUAGAGAAAACUGUUUGUGGUGAAACGAAAACAGAAAUAACACAGAAAACUACACACAAAGGAAAAACAAAACAUUUGAAAAAAAUUGUAAAACUGAAAAUUUAUGCAAAAGUAAAACAAAUGAAAAAUCUAUAGAGCUAUAAAGCGAAGAAACAAAAAGCUUUGAACAUAAAAGUGGAUUAAUUAUAAAUAAAUCAUUCUCUCUCGCUCUCGCACUCCUCAAAAGAUUAUAAAUUACAACUGAAAGAUUGCUUCGAGGCUGAGAGUUUUGUCAUUAGCAUAUCCAGCAGACAGGCAAAUUGAAACGGCCCGAAAAUUGUAAACUUUCCCCAAGUGUACGAUACCGGCCUCACCACGACGACUACAUUUUUGCAACACUUUAAGGACGUCGUCACGACGAAGUUCUCCGGCAGAGAUCACCAUCUGCCGCCACUACAUCCGCACCACCAACAAACCACGCUGCACGGCCACCAUCAGCCACACCAAGCUGUGGCUCAAGGAUUCUCCACCAUUUUUCCCACAUACUUAGGCAUGGAUCGCGCCAGCGGCGGCAAUGCUGCUGGCGGCGGUCAUGGAGUUUCGGCCGCACCCAUUGGUGUGGGCGUGGGUGGCGCACUAAAUGGUCUCGAGGCAAUGUCAGCUGAAUCAACCGGCCUGUGUCUGCAGGAUUUGGUUAGUGCUGGCACAGCGGCUGGCGCUGGCUCAGCCGGUUCGGCAGAGAGCGCCACCACGACCAGCACAGCGAUGAGCAGCGGCAGCACAGGCAGUUCAACUGUGAACAGUAAUGCCUCGGUAGGUGGCGGCAGUGAUCACUUGCACAAUCAUCAUAGUCUACAUGAUUCCAGUUCGUCGGUCAGUAUUUCACCUGCCAUCUCCAGUUUGAUGCCAAUCGGUAGUCUCAGUCAUUUACAUCAUGGCGGUCAAGAUUUGGUGACUGGCUAUUCGCAGCAUCCACAUCAUAGUGUAGUACCCCCGCAUACCCCGAAACAUGAACCGCUCGAGAAGCUCCGAAUUUGGGCUGAGACGGGUGAUUUUCGUGAUAGUCAUAGUUCUAUGGCCGCCGUAGCAAAUGGUUUAGAGACACCACACUUAAAUAAUUUCCAAACCUCCUCGUCAGCAUCAUCAUCGCUAACAAAUCGGAGUAGAGAUCGCAAAGAUGGCAAUAAUCGUUCCCUCAAUGAGACGACCAUUAAAACUGAAAACAUAUCAAAUUCCGGCCAUGAUGAGCCAAUGACAACGUCCAACGAUGAACCGAAAAACGAUAAGAAAAACAAACGUCAACGGCGUCAGCGGACACAUUUUACGUCACAACAGUUACAGGAGCUGGAACAUACCUUCAGUCGUAAUCGUUAUCCGGACAUGUCGACACGUGAAGAAAUUGCUAUGUGGACAAAUUUAACGGAGGCUCGCGUGAGGGUGUGGUUCAAAAAUCGCCGUGCCAAGUGGCGUAAACGUGAACGCAAUGCCAUGAAUGCUGCUGUGGCUGCAGCCGAUUUUAAAUCCGGUUUCGGCACCCAAUUCAUGCAACCCUUCGCCGAUGAUUCUCUCUACUCGUCCUACACUUACAAUAAUUGGACCAAGGUUCCCUCGCCGUUGGGUGCCAAGCCCUUCCCCUGGCCAGUCAAUCAUCUCGGUUCGAUGGUCACCACGAACCAUCAUCAAAAUUCGGUGAAUUGUUUCAAUACGGGAGCGAGCGGUGUAGCUGUUAGCAUGAAUAAUUCGAUGCUGCCUGGUACCAUGGGUACAAAUUUGACAAAUACAAAUGUAGGCGCUGCUCCCUGUCCCUAUAGUACACCUGCCAAUCCAUAUAUGUAUCGUGCAGCCGCUGAGCCCUGUAUGACCUCCAGCAUGUCGUCGAGUAUUGCCACCUUGCGCCUGAAGGCGAAACAGCACACCACAGGCUUUUCGAGUCCCUAUUCGGCCCCCUCGCCAGUCUCUCGCUCCAAUUCGGCCGGCCUCUCCGCAUGUCAGUACACGGGAGUGGCUGAUGUUGUCUGAGAAAACGCCCUCGGGGCCCUGCUGAAUCAACAUCAACACCAUUUGCAUAACUUCUCGGGCACCCACAGUGGGGGCGGUGUAGGUGGCAGCGGCGUUGGGGGCAGCAAUGGCAACCACUGCGCUAAUCUCAAUUCAAAUUUGCAGCAUUUACAUCAUAGCAACAACAACUCGCUACUGCACAACAACAACUUGCUAAUGGACCAUCACGAUGGUGGUGACACAAAGUCACCGCACGAUCAUCACCACAACGAUGUUGGCGGCAAUGGUGGUGGUAAUAGCGGCGGCGGCGGCGGCAACUCUAACGGCCUGAUGAGUUCCAAUGGCAACACCGACGGUGGCGACGAUGAUGAAGAUGUUAUCGAUUGAAUUCAACUGCAGAUCACUUAACUAACCUCCCCCUCCCAAAGAAAUCCUAAAACCAUUAUAUAAAAGCGUCCCUCAAGCGAGGAAAAUAUCAAAAAUGUAGUUCUAAGACUUUUGGAAAUAGUUGAAGGAAUCAAUCAACGUUUUUUUUUUUAGCAAAAGAGUAUAAGAAAAUAAUUGUUAUUUGUAAAAAUGAGCGUAAAACCCAGUGAAAACACACAAAUUGAGAAUAAUUUUCUAAGGUUAUAAAGAAAUUGUAAUUUAUAAGAAAAGCGGCAGUGUCUUGGUCUUGUGUGGCGAUUCGUUUUUCUUUUAUCGAAAACAGCUUUCUGGGUUGCCAAAUGAUUUGCCUAGCCAAACCAUUGGGUCAACUCUGCUGCCUCUCAAGCCAAGGCAAGCCAUUGAAAAUGUAUUUUUAUCAAAAAUACUUAAAAAAGAACAAUAACUACUUUAAAUGAUUUUCAUUGCAAAAAUUAAAGAAUAAUUAAAAGAAAGAGUAGGCAGAAGGAGCCUCAGUCAAAAAAAAAAAAAAAAAAAAAAAAAAAAAUACACCUUAUUAUGUUCUGGUCAUUUAUGUUCAAUUUCGUUAGUUAAAAGUCAUUUCAAAAUUGAAAUCAUUGUAAAUAUUUAUAAAAAAGACCCCUUAGGAUAAACCUAUUAAACCAAAAAAAAAAAAUGAUUUAUGCCAAAUAUUUUAUUUAAAUUUUUUUUAUUUACUUCACUACACUCUCAUUUAGAUUUGAUAGUUUAGCUGAUUUUUUGCAUUUACUUACUUAACUAUCUCUUGUCAUUAUCUUCUCAAAGUUAGUCUUUAUUUGUGGUACACUCUCUUUUUUUAUUUCCCUAUAAUAAUUACAUAUUAUUAUUGUUUUCUUUUUCCUAUUUAAAUAAUUAUUAAUUAAUCAUAAUUAAAAUAGACUUUUAAAAAACUAUAAAUAAUAUUGUAAAACAAAGUCAAAUAUCGGUAAUGAAGUAAAACCGAAAAACAAGAAACAGAAAAUGAAAUACAAAAAAAAAAACAAAUUAAAUAGAUAUAGCUGAAACACUUGAACAGCUACACCUUGAGUCACACUUACACUUAAAACAUACACAUACACCCACACCCACAAACCGGAAACAACAGUUUUUAAGAAGUUGUCUAGUCGUAUAUAAACCGAAGAAAGUAAUAAUAAUAAUUUAAAAAUAAAAACAAACUAAGAGACCCCACAAAAACCAAACAAACCAAAAAAAA